AGGUUGUCUGUUGUGCUGUUUCGUAUGAAAGCCGUUCGUCGAUCUGGGAUUAAUACAGACACGGCGAGUGUAAUGUCGGACGUUGAGAGGCGUAAAUUAUCGCAGGCCCGAGUGGCCGACUUGCGAGCCGAACUGGAAAAGCGAGGAUUGGACAAAACUGGCAUCAAAGCCGUACUUGUAGAGCGUUUGGUUGCGGCCCUCACCUCGGAUGGAUUGAGCAAUUCUGAAAUCGACGAUUACGUCGUGGAGGCGGCUAAUGACUCAAGCAACAAAAGACAGCCCAAACGAGGAGUCACCCCAAGCAAGAGCAAAGAGGAAGAUGAAAUCAUGGGGGAUUUGGACGACAAAUCCGAGGUUCUUGACUAUGGAGACACGGAGGAGUUAGAGAAAGGGGAUGAAGCUGAAAACACCAAAGACGGUGCAGAGGAAUCUGCUGCCGACACCAGGUCUGGAGGAGAUGACUUUCAAGUUUUGGACGAAGAGGCCUUCGAAAACGAUGCUGAAGAAAAGGAAGAACAACAAGAAAGUGCUUUGGAACAUGACGAUUCUAUAGACCUUGGUCUGAAUGAGGAUAUGUUGAUCGAAGAAGAAGUGAAUAGUUUCGGUGCAGAGUCAGAUGCAUCAGCAGCCCUAAGUCAUAACAAGAAGAGUCACCAACAGGACAAAGGAAGAAAGAACCAAUCGGAGAAAGAAGAGUCUUCCCUUAAAAGCGAUAAGCAGCACCAUCAGGACAGUAGCAGCACUGGAGGCAGUGGAGGCGGCUCAGGAGACGUAAACUCGAGACAAAGCGAGAAGAAAAGCAGCAGCAGCAGCCCGAGGCAAGAAAGUGAGAGGAGCAGCAAGUCAGUCGCUGAAAAAGCACCUUCGUCUGAAUCAAAUCAACAGCAACAGCAUACUGAGCAAGAUGGCGUAAACGGAGACAAAAGCCGGAGCUGUGGAUCUCCAAAAGAUAGGUCCAAAAACUCUAAUGAAGAAAAGCGCGAGUCUUCGCCUUCGGCAGCUAACAGCAGUGGACGUAAUUUAUGGGUGAGUGGCCUCUCUUCGUCAACUAGAGCCACUGAUCUGAAACAGACUUUUUCCAAGUAUGGAAAGGUUUUGGGUGCUAAAGUUGUUACUAAUGCAAGGACUCCUGGAGCGCGGUGCUAUGGAUUCGUCACAAUGGCGAAAAAGGAGGAUGCUCUUCGCUGCAUACAAUACCUUGAUCGGACUGAGCUGCAUGGCAGGAUGAUCUCUGUUGAAAAGGCCCGUGGAGAAGCCACUGGACCUGGAAGGGUGAAAACACCUUCUCCCACCAGCAAGAAGGAGGGAAAGACCGAGGAACGGGAGAGCGAGCCAAAGAAAGAAUCCAAAUCUAGUGGCGAUCACAAGAAAGAAGACCGACGUGAUAGCAGAGAGAAAACCGGCAGCAAACCCGUCCGCCAGCGUAUCACUGCUCCAAGCCCCGGGCCGAGUCCCAGCGAGAGGUCUGAUUCCAGGAGCGAUCAACGCUCGGAACAGGGCAAAAAGAGGCUGCGGAGUCCUUCCCCUAGAAGACCGGUUCCACCGCGACGUGUCAACCAUUCGCCAGGCGGUGGAUUGCACACCAGAAGAAGCACGUCGGUGACCACUCCAGUGCUCACUUUUGCCAGCAUUAAGCAAGCUCGCGAAAGACAGCGAUUACGUGAAAGAGAGAGGGAGGAUCGUGAACAUGCUCGACGCCGAGAGGAAGAGGCUCGAAGGAAUGAGAGACGUCAACGUGAAGAGCAAUUGCGGCUUGAAAGGGAAAAAGAAGAGCUGCGUAAGGAGCGCGAGAGAAUUGAACAAGCUCGUAAGGAUAUACUUCGGUUGGAAAGGGAGAAGGCCAGGCUCGAACGUGAGAGGCUCGAGUGGGAAAGGGAAGAACUUCAGCGACAGCAGCAGAAGCUGCGCGAAUUGGCUGAACGCCAGCCUCCAGUUGUUGUUCCCUCGCACCCAGUACCCGCCGCUCCUGUGUCCUCAAGGAGCUGGAGUGCCUCCAAUUCAUACUCUGGGGUGAGCCAGCCAGAAUCAAGAUAUGUGGACGCACGACGCUCCACAAGCAGCGCUGUUCCCAACAAAAGACAAGGUAGCCAUCAUACUGCUGAUUAUUACGAGGAGAGGUCUGCAAAGAGGCCAGCGCCUUCCUCUGAUGAUCGCAGGGUUGGCUAUGACACUGCUGUUGCUCCACCCCCGCCGAGGUUCAACACCAUGCAAUCUUCUACCUCAUCAAUGAAGAGGCCAUCCAGAGACCAUGAGUAUCCUCAUCGCAGUAGCAGUAGCUCAUUUGAAAGAAGCUCAAAUAACAUCGCCAGCAGCUCUGUGCCCUAUGAUCGCAGUUCCUCUUCAUCUUCAGCAAGAAGGGACGCAUACUUCCCGAGUUCUUCUAGCAGUGGUGCCAACAGGGUCGUUGAACCCACAAGAAGAGAAGCUGAACCUUCCUCAAGGGGAAAGGAUGAUAGGUAUAGAGACUCAUACCGACCACCUGGCCGAGAUAACGACCGAGCAAUGGCCAGCAGAGGCACUGGAGACAUUGACUUGAGGGGGCCACCUCCAAGCAGUUCAUCCUCUUCUUCUCGGCCCAGACGCUACCCUGACGUGGUUGCAAGUGGUAUCAGUGCCUCCAGUGGCUCCUCACGGGAUCCAUGGCUGUCCCGCAAGAAUGACAGCAGUGGCUCAGGUGGCUGGAACAGAGGAACUGAAACCUCCUCUGGGAACAGAUGGUCCAGCACCAACGUGAGCAGCCGCGGUAGCACCGCAAUCUACGGCUCCUCUCUACCUGCCAUUGGCAUCUCCAUGGGCUCCAUGGCGGGCGCGCCGGCCACCUCCAGCAGCCUGUACGCGUCCAGUGAACGGUUUGACGCCUACAAAACAAAUUUGCAAAAUUUGAGGAAAUAUUAGAGAUCUAAAAGAGGAAUGAAGUUGUUUAUAUAAUGGACGCAUAUUUCAAAUUUUGUAGUUAACUCCUUAAUUGUAUGUUAAAUUCAACCGACACUUGCAUAAAUUGUUCUCUUAUAGGGUCUUGUUUGGUCUUUAUGUUUAUGGUCUAAUGUGUAAUAUUUUGUUUGGUACCAAAAUUGCGGUAGGAGACUACAACUGCUAACUUUAUUCAAAAAUCGUAAUAUAGGACCUAAUAUUACAUUAACUUCACCAAUUUGUGCACAAUAAUACUAGCAAUGUAUCCAAGCGAUGGAUAAUAAUAAAAAGCGGAUUUUCAAAGUCA